UUGCACAAAUGAUUUGGUGUGCGAUUAUUAUUAUUCUGGCGCCGACUACGGACCCUUUUACGUUUUUAGUUUCGUUAUCGCAAUACACAAUUUUAAUUGGUUAUGGCGCUGCAUCAGUUGGCUUACUGCAUCUGCGAUACAUUGAACCGGGACUAGAUCGACCAACUCCAGUCCCAAAACCAGUGGUCUACGCCUUCCUUCUCAUGAUUGCUUUAAUUCUAAUCGCACCCUUCACCAAAGAAUCAAGUGAAUUACCUUAUGUCAUUUCUAUAUGUGUGAUUGGUUUAGCUGUUACUGCGUGGUACUGGAAAUAUUACGUAUGGAUGUCUCGUGGAUAUGCACAUUCACUGUCUUUAGAACCUGAGAAACAGGAUAGCGAAGUAGAAACGGAAAGUAAAUAUGAAGAGAGUAAUGUUAUCUCUGAUACAGAAGUUUGA